CGGCUCAGGGGCUCACCCACCGAGAAGAAGCUCCAGACGUCAGUUGAAAACAUGGCGUUGAGCAUGAGGACUGUCACCAGUGUACAGAGGGGAACAAAAACCGCCGCCACGGCCACUGCGUUUCUCUAAAAAAAAAAAAAAAAGUCAGCGACGGAUUACAUUCUGCCUGCUGAAGCUAGCCGGAGCACGUUCAUCUUCAAUUCAUCCUUUUUUUUGUUUUUUUUUCUGGGGACGGAGCGUAACGUUAAAGCCAGUAAGGUUACAGGAUUAGAACGUUUACCUGGACAAUUUGACAACAGAAUGUGUGCCGAUUUAUUUAGCUAGCUAGCUAACCAACGUUUAUUUACGCGGUAGGUGCUAUAACGCUUAGUAGCUAGCUAACGUUAUCGAUCCUGUCAAGCCUUCAGCUGUUUGGGUUAUAACUCCUUGUGCACUCAGAGCUUAACGUUACUAGUCAGUAAUAACAACAUGAUUCGGUGAACUGUUGCUGCUUAAAUUGCUUCUCACUCAGGUCCCGUGAGCGUAAUUGUAAUUCACCUGAGCGUCAUAUACCAACUUUAUAUCAUUUUUAUACUUUAAAAGCCAAAUAGCGUUGAGGAAAUGUCAGACAAUCAGAGCUGGAACUCGUCCGGUUCCGAGGAAGAUGUAGAGCCCAGAGAUGAGUCUGGACAUCUUGUUGGCGUCGUCGACUUGAGCGGAGUCCUUAGUAAGUGGACAAAUUACAUCCAUGGAUGGCAGGACCGUUGGGUGGUCCUGAAAAACAACACACUGAGCUACUACAAGUCUCAGGAUGAGACGGAGUAUGGCUGUCGCGGUUCCCUCUGCCUUAGCAAAGCUGUUAUUACUCCUCACGAGUUCGACGAGUGCCGGCUGGACAUAAGCGUAAACGACAGCGUGUGGUACUUAAGAGCACAAGACCCAGAGCACAGACACCAGUGGAUCGACUCCAUUGAGCUGCACAGGAGUAUCAGAGAGGGAAGGAGAGAGAAGGGAGGAAUCCAGGGAGCAAUAUUCAUCCCCUCACCACUGGCUGACUCUGGAUAUGGCUCUGAGUCCAGUCUGCGGAGACACGGCUCCAUGCUGUCUCUCGCAUCAGCCACCAGCGGCUUCUCUGCCACCUCCACAUCCUCCUUCAAGAAGGGUCACAGCCUGAAAGAGAAGCUGGCAGAGAUGGAGACCUUCAGAGAUAUCUUGUGCAGGCAGGUGGACACGCUUCAGAAAUACUUUGACAGCUGUUCAGACGCCGUGUCUAAGGAUGAGCUGCAGAGGGAUAAAAUCGUGGAGGAUGAUGAAGAUGACUUCCCCAACACCCGGACAGAUGGAGACUUUCUGCACAAUAACAACAAUGGCAGCAAAGAAAAAUUGUUCCAGUCCUUGAGCCCCAAGGGAAUCAAUGGCAUAGACUUUAAGGGUGAGGCCAUCACAUUCAAGGCUACCACGGCGGGGAUCCUGGCCACUCUGUCCCACUGCAUCGACCUCAUGGUGAAGAGAGAAGACAGCUGGCAAAAGAGGGUCGAUAAGGAGAUGGAGAAGCGGCGAAGAAUAGAGGAUGGCUAUAAAUCAGCCCUCAAUGAGUUGAAGAAAAAGUCUCACUUUGGAGGGCCAGAUUACGAGGAGGGUCCAAACAGCCUCAUCAAUGAGGAUGAGUUUUUCGAUGCCGUUGAAGCCGCUCUCGACAGACACGACAAAAUAGAAGAACAGUCUCACACUGACAAAACAAGGAUACAGAGAUCCAGCCCAGUCCCUCCCGGAGACGUAUAUUCCAGCACCGGCACGCACAGAUUCGCUGACAAGCCUCAUAGUCAGUCCUCCCCUGUUGUGAUAGUCAGGGCCCCUCCUCGGGACGUCCACAGAUUCAGCGCAGAGGUGGAGGAGAUGGUGCAGAAUCACAUGACCUACUCCCUGCAGGAUGUCGGCGGAGACGCCAACUGGCAGCUGGUUGUAGAGGAGGGAGAAAUGAAGGUGUACAGGAGAGAGGUGGAAGAAAAUGGGAUUGUUUUGGACCCACUGAAGGCCACCCAUUCAGUAAAGGGCGUGACCGGUCACGAGAUCUGCCACUACUUCUGGGACACGACCUACCGCAACGACUGGGAGACCACUAUUGAAAGCUUCAAUGUUGUUGAGACGCUGUCGGACAACGCAGCCAUCGUUUAUCAAACGCACAAGCGGGUGUGGCCUGCAUCUCAGAGAGACGUGCUGUACCUGUCCGCCAUGAGAAAGAUCCUGGCCAACAACGAGAACGACCCGGACACCUGGCUGGUCUGCAACUUCUCCGUGGAUCACGACGACGCACAGCCAUCCAACAAGUGUGUCCGUGCCAAAAUCAACAUCGGCAUGAUCUGUCAGACCCUGGUCAGCCCACCAGAGGGAGAUAAAGAGAUCAGCAGAGACAACAUCCUGUGUAAAAUCACCUACGUCGCCAAUGUGAAUCCCGGGGGCUGGGCUCCGGCCUCCGUGCUCAGGGCCGUGGCGAAGAGGGAGUACCCAAAGUUCCUCAAGCGCUUCACCUCCUACGUCCAGGACAAAACUGCUGGCAAACCCAUCUUAUUCUAAGUGCGGAGACACGAGGACACAACUGCACACGAGGCUUCGAGGACCCAGCGUCUUCAGACUGACUGCUGCUCUGCUGCCGUGACCAGACAAGUUCCUCCACGUGGUUUCUCUCCCCCCCCCCCGCUCCCAGUUCUCAGCUAGAAGUUAGUUCUAGUAGGGGAGGAAGUGCCACAACGGCGCCCUCUGGUGGCUGCAUUCAAACAUCUGCCAGACAUCCCUUUAACCCCUGAAAGACAUUCAUGUGAAAGAUAUUCUCGAGAUAAUUGAAAACACGGCGCUGACUUCACAACUUAUCAUAAUCAUUUCUAGUGGAAUUACUACUUGUUUCCCCUUCAUUGUGAUUUGAUUGAUAAAAUGCUAAAUUGUUUAUAUUCAAUAGAGAUCAUUUUGAGAAGACGGUAACAAAGCAGCGCUUUUUUUAUUCUUCUUUAAUGCAAGGUGUGAUCAGAACAGCGCCAAAACCAAGGCACCCUUGUCUGAGAAAAAGUUAAAAAGCCUUUUAUUGAUGCAGCUAAUGCAUUGCAGAAAGAUUUUUUUGUUUUUUAAAUACACACCAAUAUGUUUGUGCUACACAGGCCUUCCUCAGGGGGAAGAUACCAGUGAGAUACAAACAGGAAAUAUAUAUAGGACAAAGACAGGAAGUGACCUCAUACCCAAAACCAUAGUGAAAUAGAGAAUGAAUGACAACACAACAUUCAGUUACAAUACAUGAAACAGAAUCAAGUCCCAAAAGUGCUACAUCUAUAUAAUAUAAGAGAUUAUUUGGAGUUUCCUGAGAUGAAUGGACCCAGCAUUCGCCCAGGUCGAGCCCCCAUGAAAACUCCGAACACAGCCGACGCCAUCUUCCAUGCUCGUGUAGACGACUGACUUGUCACGUCGCUUUUCCUACAGAUAUCUUAAUAUAUAAAUGUAUGUAUGUUCUAUAAGAGCUUUGUAAAAAAAAGAAACAGAUAUUUGCUAAUAGACUGAAAUAUUUUUUUCUUGCCAUUUAUAGUUCCUAUUUUGUGUGUUGGUUUAGCAAUUUCCCAGCUUUCUUUUUUUAAGCUGCUAACUUUUUGCCAGUGAAAUCUCACUGAUUGAUUAAGUCCAGAGGGCUGUCAUCGACCCAUGACCCCUAUGAUGUAAGACUUGACCUCUUUGACUCCGCCCCCUCCCAUGAAAACACCUCCCGUUGGUGCUGACGGAGCGGCGAGCCGAGAGGACUUUUUCCUAUAUUUAAUGUACAAAACAGAGUUCACGCACAAUGUUUGCUUGGCUUUCUAAUUGUCAUUGUAAAAAAAACAAAAAAAACUAUUGUGGUGUCAUAGUACAUAUUUUGAAUGUUUAAUGAAUUUCAAAUAGUGUCGCUUACAUUUCUCUGAAAGUGAGAGAACGCCUGAAGCCGCCUACACACAUUACGAUGCGCCAUUUGCUCUCUGCGCACCGCUAGGUAUGGCGUCAUCGAGGCCGGCAAGAAAGCAGUUUCCCGUUGCUAGGUAACGACAUGCUGUUACCUUAUCGGUUGCGCUUUCGAAGGCAGUUUUGCCGCCUAUCGGGUGUAGGCAGCUUUAGUGUAAGAGGAAGAUCUAGUUUCCGAUAUAAAGGGUGCGGUUAGUGCACCUAUGAAAUCACUAGUGAAGUGCCUCAUGGCUGAGUUCCCCUUAUUAUCUCCUCUAGGAGUCGAUUUGAAACAUGUCCCACAAUACUGAAUGAACAACACUUAAUUUGGGAUUUCCCCCAGAGGGCUAUCAGAAUCUUUUUACAGGUUCUAGUAUUAUUAAGACUUAAGAUACAUUUCAAUUUCAUUUCAGUACAGGCAUCGCCAUCAUUUCUGUGACAUGUAGCCUACUGGCAGUUAAGAGUAUGGAAACCAUUCUGUUAAUACAGUCAAGUUUGGUCUUUGUAUCAUGUAUCUUCAGUCUAAAAAUGUCAGCGCAGAGCUGCAAAGUCCUGAGUAUAGUAAGCAUCUAUUCUUAAGUACUUUUCUUAAUUAGAUGUUUUAUUUGCUCAUCCUGUUACAUGUAAAGUUAGUUGUUAAAGCUGUAACUCUGGACUUUGCGGUUUUGCAGUUGACUGGCUGAAAUGGAACCAUCACAAAACAUUUUUUUUAAGAGGACAUAAUACAAUUUGGUUUUCAUUACCCUAAUAAUACUGUCGAAAGUACCUGAAUACAUUUCUAGUACUAGUUCCACCUGUGGACAGCACAAAAAUGUUUAGGUUUUUUUUCCGGGUCAUGUGAUAAAUGUGUAGUUGUUUUCCUCCGCUCCUGAGCCUUUGAUAUUUGAGCUCCGAGCAGAAUGACGUGGGUGAGAAUGAAGCCAGAUGAUACACGGCCUCUCAGCCGAGUGGAAAACAAACCAGGCUGAAGCUCUUCCACCUAAAGCAGACGUUUGCUAAUUCUAAUUCAAGUAGCCGAAUGUAAUUAGAAAACUUCUUUUUUUGUAAAUAGUUUGUUCAUACUAAUGCUGUGGGAUCAACUUACAAAUGUACUGUGACGGUGUCACACUUCUGCUGCCGUUUUAAAAAGUGAAAUAAAGUUUAACCGCUUUAGGAGACAGGAA